AUGGAGAUAAAAGCAGUUGUCAGAAGAUAUGAAACAAGAAAUAAGACAGCAGGAACAGAACUGUCAUCAUCCAAAUCACGAGUUGAUUGGAGACGCACUAAAAGGGAGCUCAUACUACUUGACAGCAAUGAUGAAUCCUCAGGUACUUCUGAGGAGGAAGAGCCUACCACAUCAGAAGAUGAAGUAGAUGAAAAAGAUGAAACUGUUGUGAAGAACAGCCUUUCAGAUCAGGAAGAGAAAAGCCACGAUGGGGAAGUAACAGAAGAUGGUGAGGAAGAGCGCGUUGUGCCUGGGAAGCGUAGAAGGUUGAACACCUCUGUCUUGUGUGACAGUGAUGAAAGUGAGGACAGUGAUGUACUUGUUAGAAAAGUUUUUGCUAAACGCCACUGUAUAAUGGAUGAAGAUGAGAGUUCCGAAGAACAGCAACCUGAUAAAACCUGCUCUACAGAAAAUGUUUCUACUAAUAGGAAACAGAAAGUGUUUGCAAAAUUGAAAGAACUUGCAAGACAAAGAGCAACUCGGAGAUCCUGCAGCAGUGAAAAUUGUGAGGAUUCUAAUGGUGAAGCAGAAACAGAAGAGGAGCCGCUCUGUCACUUGCCCCUCACACCAACAGAAGGUAGUGAAAGUGACAGUGACAGCAUGAAAGAUUUUAUAGUAGAGGAAGAGGAAGAUGAUGAUGACAACACAGAGCACGUAAAGAGUGAAAACCAGCCACAACAGAAGGAACUAAAUACAUCAAAUAGCGAGUUGCUGGCAUACUACGUCCCGUACUUAUCUCGCUGUGAUCAUUAUGUACACUUCAAAAGAAUAGUAAAGGCUUUCCUCAUAAAUGCAAUUGAUGACACUUUUCUGAGCUCAUUAUAUGAUGGAACAAGACAAAAGAAGUAUGCGCAAGAUAUGUUGCUCUCACUUCAUUAUUUGGAUGACCGCUUCAUUCAGCCUCGUCUUGAGAACUUAAUCUCUAGAAGUCGCUGGAAAGAUCGAUACAAGGAGCGUGUGGAUUGUUACCCAGAUGUUCGCAUAAUCUUGAAAAAUCCAAAAAAUAUGUCUUGCCAGGCCUGCGAAUUGAAUCGGUAUUGCAAGUUUAAUGUGCUGCUCUCUGGAAAGCUUUAUAAUAGUAGAACUUUGGAAGUGGAUGACUUCAUGUCAAAUGACAAGCAG